AUGGAUAUUCCUUUUUCUGUCUUGAUUGAAAGGGCUGUUGAACCUACGUCAUCCGGUGAAGACAUAUUCGCGAAUACCAAGCCUUUAUUUGAAGUGAAAAAACUUUAUUUAUCUCCCAGUGACUUCAUACUAAAAUAUCCACGAGGUGCAUACACAUCUGCACGCACAGUCAACAAGAGAUCUAUAAUGGAUUUCAAUGGUCAUAUUGACCGUAUCGCCAAAUCCCUUCAAUUAAUGAAAUUCACUUUGCCAAAAAACAAUAAUGAUAAAAAUGAUGUGGAACCAUCACAUAUCACACAAUCAUUGGCUGACUAUCGGGAUCCAGAAAAACUUCGAAAAUUCGUGUUACCAUUGUUGAAAGAAGGGCUAAAAGAAUAUUUUCAAUUGGAUUCGUUAAUAGAAGCAAAAGAAGCAAAAGUUACUGUGUUUGUCUUUUAUUCUUUUGAGGAAUCAAGGCCUCGUUUAAUUGUGCAUAUAAGUCGAUUGAAUUCACCUAAAUCACCAAAAUGUAAAGUUGAAAUCUAUGGUGAACCGAGAAAGUUAGCAAUGGCAAAAGAUUCACAAUGGGUUCGUGAUCGUAAAGUAAUCGAGGAAUCGUUGCCACCUGGAUACGACGAGGUACUCUUAUUCGAUUCACAAACCCAAAACGUUUACGAAGGUCUCAGCUCGAAUUUUUUCGUAGUUCUGCCGAAUCCCGAUGAACAACAACAUUCAAUGCUGAUUACCGCACCCUUGAAAUAUGUUCUCGAGGGCACGAUAAUGAAGAUUGUCGUAAAGAUAUGCGAACGCGAUAACAUUGAUUUUCGAUACGAGUUUCCGAAUAUUCGUGAUAUUGGAAAAUGGCAAGGAGCAUUAGUACUUCCAAUUGAAUUGUUGAGUUUUCGGGAUGGAAGUAGACCAACGAUAGAACUACCAAAAGACAAUCAUCCUAUAAUAGAACACGUGAGAGAAGAA